CGAUUGGAGAUCCGUGAACUGGAGAAGAAUCGAGAUGCAUGGAACAUUUAUUUGUUGGGUCUGGAAAGGUUCAAGGCGGCUCCGCAGGACGAUAAGCUGUCCUAUUACAAGCUUGCAGGUAUCCACGGACGGCCAUACGAACCAUGGGAUGGCGUAUUCGCUGGCCCAGGAAUCGAUAAUCCAGGCUACUGUGCGCAUAUAUCGAACCUUUUCCUCCCUUGGCAUCGUCCCUACCUCGUGCUAUUCGAGCAGAUUCUGUUCGAGCACAUCGUCGAUGCAGUCAACGAAUUUCCAGCAGGAUCAGUGCGCCAAAGGUACGCCUCUGCUGCUCUGAGCUGGCGCAUGCCGUACUGGGACUGGGCAGUUGAACCGGAGGAUGGCCUGAGUGUCUAUCCGGACAUCAUCACAUCUCCAACCGUUGAAGUCACCUAUCCCAAUGGCACCAGGACUAUCGACAAUCCGCUGUACUCGUACAAGUUCCACCCUGUUAGUGCGCGGGAUAUGUUCUUUGACCCAUUUGCAUCGUGGAAUGAGACGAAACGAUUUCCUACUGCGUGGACCAACAAUGCAGCCAGCCAGGACAAUCUCAUCGGACCGAUUUUGGACAAUAGUCGAGUUUCAUUCAUGAACAGGCUGUACAACCUCUUCACCUACUACGACAAUUUCACGCAGUUCGGAACUGAAGUUUGGCAGACAGAUGACAUCGCGAACGCUGAUAGCAUCGAGUCUUUGCACGAUGCGAUUCAUAGUAUCACCGGCGGCAACGGACACAUGACCUUCCUUGACUAUUCUGCAUUCGAUCCCAUCUUCUGGCUUCACCACACGCAGAUGGACCGGAUAUUCGCCUUGUGGCAGGUGUUACAUCCCGACAGUUACGUCGAGCCAUUGGUAGCCAUCACCCAGACCUACACCGUCCACAUAGGCGAUACCGAGGAUGCCAACUCUCCCCUUGAGCCCUUCUCCAAAGACACUCUCGGCAAUAAAUUCACCUCCAACGACGUCCGUUCCACGACUCAAUUCGGCUACACCUAUCCCGAACUCGCCGGAAAUGCCUCGCUCUCAUCAGUCCGCACGGCCAUCAAUCGCCUCUACGGUAGCAACGCCAACUCCGGCGGUCCUCUCAAGCGUCGCGACACAGCCACCCUCCCCCACGAUAAGCGCUUCGUCAAAGCCGCCUCAGCCGAUGACGUUCGUGCCUCCCCCGGCAUGCUCGUUAACGGCCACCUACGGCAAUACGCCGCGAACAUCGUGUCGCAGAAACACGCGCUCAAUGGUUCAUACGCGGUGUACGUCUUCAUGGGCGAUUUCACAGACGAUCCGUGCCAGUGGGCGCUAUCGCCGAAUUUGGCCGGUACGCACGCUGUGGCGGCGAAUUUGGAGUUGAAGAAGGCUCCCGGUGUUUCGAAGAUGGUGGAGACGAAUCCGAUCAGGGUUGGGGCGGCGCUGCCGUUGACGGAUAUGUUGCUUAUGAAGGUGCGGGCAGGGGAGCUGAAGUCGAUGGAAAUGGGAGACGUGGAGCCUUAUUUGAGGGAGAAUCUACAUUGGAGGGUCUCUACGUUCGACAACGUGGAAGUCGACCUGAACGACGUCGCGGAUUUGUCCAUCACCGUCGUCAGCUCGGAGGUCACGCCACCGACUUGCGAGAGCGAGUUCCCUUCGCGGGGCAAU